AUGGCGUCGGUAUCGCCACCCAAACCGUGGGAGAGGGCUGGCGCUUCGGCCGGUGGAACCUCAUUAGCAGCCUCAUCCGCCGCUAGCCCGGCCGCUCCCACGACCAUGUCCGCAACCACAAACUCUUCGUCGGCUCCGACCGCGACGGCCUCCUCCUCCGCUCCCGAUCUCCCCUCUCGCCCCAACGCUCUCAACUCCGUCGUCAACCGGACCGCCUCCAACUAUUCGCCAUACGGGGCCUCCCGCUUCGGCACGAGUCCCUACGGGGGCUACGGCGGCUACUCGUCGCCCUACUCCCGCUUCGGCACGAUGGGCGGGAUGGGCUCGAUGUACGGGGGCUACGGUGGCUAUGGUGGCAUGUACGGUGGGAUGGGAGGCAUGGGAGGCAUGUACGGCGGUAUGCCGGGCGAUCCCAAUGAUCCCAACAGUUUGACGAAUUCCUUCGGUCAGAGUACCCAGGCCACCUUUCAGAUGAUCGAGAGUAUCGUCGGUGCGUUUGGCGGGUUCGCUCAGAUGCUGGAGAGUACCUAUAUGGCGACGCAUAGCUCCUUUUUCGCUAUGGUCUCGGUCGCAGAGCAGUUUGGAAAUCUGCGCAACACGCUGGGCUCCGCUCUCGGCAUUUUCACAAUCAUCCGAUGGUUCAGGACGUUAAUCGCCAAGAUUACCGGACGUCCUCCUCCCGCUGAUGCGACCGCCCUCACUCCCUCGGCCUUUGCCGCGUUUAUGAACGGUCGGUCCUCGCCGGCCACCCUCCCAGACGGCUCUCCGGCGCCCCCCAAGCCGUCGAAGAAGCCGUUCUUCAUGUUUCUGAUCGCCGUCUUUGGCCUUCCCUACUUGAUGGGUAAGCUCAUCAAGGCGCUUGCCCGCUCGCAGGAGGAGCAGCGCAAACAGCUCAUGCUGGGACCGAACGGCGAGCCCCUGCAAGGCCAGAACGCGCCACUGGAUCCCUCCAAGCUCGAUUUUUGCCGCGUGCUGUAUGACUACUCGCCCGAGUCGCAGGAGAGUGCCGGCAUCGAUCUGGCGGUGAAGAAGGGCGACAUCGUUGCCGUGCUGAGCAAAUGCGAUCCGAUGGGCAACGCCUCGGAAUGGUGGCGGUGUCGCGCCCGCGACGGCCGUGUCGGAUACCUUCCCGGACCGUACCUCGAAACGAUCCAACGCAAGCCCCAGCAAGCGGCCAUCACGGCAGGCAGCCAACCGGCCAGCCGCAGCAACAGCCUGAAGGCGACGGUUGCCGAUGCGGCGCCCGCCGAUGAUGCCAAGAAGCCCCAGCUCAGUGGUAAGAUGGGAGACAUCUCUCCCGAGAGCUUCCAGAAGAGCGCCUUUUACACCUGA